AUGCGUCUCCACAGUUUGUUUGGUUAUGUCAUUAGCUCUGUCGCUUUCAUUCAAUUGGUUUCUGCUCAGUCUGAAGAGUUUACGGAGCCCGCAAUCUUGGCUACUGCUCUAUUUCCGGAGGAUAAUGCAUUUGGUCAGGUCGUGAACGGCGAGAGGAAUAAGAUAUUCAUUAAUAUCGAGAAUUUGUCGGAUCGCAAUGUGACAAUCAAGAGUGUCGCGGGCUCCUUCCAUAACCCAGAUUCCAAUUCGUUGGUGAAGAAUACCAGUGCGCUCGCAUACGACGUGGCUCUGCUCGAGGGUUCUAAGAUACAACUCCCCUAUCAGUUCUACAGCGAAUUCAAGCCCGGAGACCUAAAGCUGAAUAUCUGGCUGGAUCAUACAGCAGACGGUCGCGUAUACCGCGUGACGGCAUACGAUUCCAUAGUCACCAUUGUAGAGCCUGAGGGAUCCUGGUUCGACUUCAAGCUGUGGUCAACGUUUCUGAUCGUCGCAGGCCUCCUCAGUGCACUGGUGUAUUAUGCCUACCUCGUCUUCGUUCCUCAGCCCAAGAAGCGCCGUGCCGUUCCUUCCGUCAGUGCACCUGUAGGUACGGUUACUGCGACCGGCGCCGGUGGAUAUCAGGAAGAGUGGAUUCCCGAGCACCAUCUGAAGAAGCCCAGGACAAAGAAGUCGAAGUCAGGGACGGCGACAAGUGGUGACGAGACGAGCGGCACAGAGAUGAGCACAGCCAAGGGGAAGAAGCGGAAGGCUAAUAAGUAG